ACGUCUCGUGACAGUUACCCAGGGGGCGCUGCGUGUGAGCAGCGUGAGGACGGCAGAAGGGGAGUGCGCCUUGUUCACAGUUCAGCUCAAACGUGGAAAGAACAAUGUCGUCGUUUGCACCCGCCUCCGGUGAUGCAGCCGCAGCCAAGAACUUUGCUGCUUACGACCAGCAAAACGCCGAAUUUUUUGCAGGAAUCGGUAACAUCCCCUACAAACCUGAUGCAGGUCCCGACGAUGGCCUCGUUUUCAGACAGUACAACUCCAAGGAAGUGGUGAUGGGGAAAACCAUGGAAGAAUGGCUGCGUUUCUCUGUCUGCUUCUGGCACACUUUCCGCGGGACAGGUGCCGACCCGUUCGGAUUCCCUACUCUUGACCGACCUUGGGAUGACGGCAGCAACUCGAUGGCCAACGCCAAGCGUCGUCUGCGUGCUGCCUUUGAAUUUUUCUCCAAACUUGGCGUGAAAUACUGGACAUUCCACGACAGGGACAUCGCUCCUGAAGGCGCCACAGUAGAGGAAUCGGCCAAAAACCUGGACGAGAUCACGGAUUUGGCUCUGGAGCUGCAGAACAAGACUGAAGUGAAACUGCUGUGGGCGACUUGCAACCUGUUCUCCAGUCCUCGGUAUAUGAAUGGUGCCGCCACAAACCCAGAUGCCCACGUGGUUGCAUUUGCCGCUGCCCAGGUGAAGAAAGGACUGGAUGUAGCCAAAAAGCUGGGCGCGGAGAACUUUGUCUUCUGGGGAGGCCGUGAGGGCUAUCACUCACUGCUGAACACCAACGUGCGGGCGGAACUGGACCACCUGGCUGCCUUCUUCCGCAUGGCCAUCGCUUACAAAAAGAAAAUCGGGUUCAAUGGAGUUUUUCUGAUCGAGCCCAAGCCCAAGGAGCCCAGCAAGCAUCAGUAUGACUACGACGCCAUGACAGUCAUCGCCUUCCUCAAGACUUACGGGCUUGACGGCGAAGUCAAGCUGAACAUCGAGCCUAACCACACAACGCUUGCGGGCCAUUCCUACGAACACGAUAUCAUCAUGGCGUCUGCCUACGGCCUUCUGGGCUCUAUUGACGCCAACACGGGGUCCCCUGACCUGGGCUGGGACACGGAUCAGUUCCCCAUGGAUGUGCGCAACUGCACUAUGGUUGCUAAGACCAUUCUGGAGCAGGGCGGCAUCGCACCGGGAGGCUUGAACUUCGACUGCAAAGUCCGGCGGGAGUCUACAGAGCUUGCUGACAUGUUCACUGCUCACAUAGGUGGCAUGGAUACGCUGGCCCGCGGAUUGAGAUGUGCCGCCAAGAUUCUCGAGGACAAUGUGUUGCCCCGGUAUGUCAAGGAGAGAUACAGCAGCUUCAACAGCGGCAUAGGAGCCAAAAUUGCCAGCGGAGAGGCCACCCUAGAGGACUGCGAGGCGUAUGUAAAGGAGCAAGGAGAGCCUCAGCGGGCGUCAGGCAGGCAAGAGCUGUACGAGAGCAUCCUCAACUACUACAUCUAAGUUAUCGCGGCUCCCAGUCACCUUUUGGAACACGACUAACUCACCUGCCGCUCGACAUCGAUCAAGUCCGCGAUGUCACAUCACAAGCGUCACUCAUGUCUUCAUUCCUUUUGUUUGGCCAUUGUCACACACACACACAUACACACACUAAAAUACAUGCGUGGUCAAGAUUAGUUUCAUGGUGGUAGACACACGCCCUCAACUCCAGUAUCCAGAUUUACACAGACGACUGGUAAACUUCUACAACGACCUCGAAAUGACAACGUUUUUCGUAAAAACGCUGCAAUUGCAUUAAAAUGAAAUGGAGACGGUUGUAGGCUUAGCUGCAACUGCAGCCAUCGGCUUCGAAGCUAAACUGGCACGAAUAUGGAUGGCUAGGAAAGUGUGUCAUGAGUGUGAAAGGUCAGUGGCUCCGAUGUUGAACUGAUUCUUGAUGUUGUCUGCCCACUCUUGAGUGUGGUAUAGUUAAACGUUUCCUUGUAAAGUCGGUGUAAAAAUGUCCAGUGUAAAGAGUCUGGUUCAAACCAAUAAAUUUGUUUAAUCUUG